UAAUUUUACGAGUUCUAUGCUAUAUAAGAAGUGGAAUUUGGUCACAAAUCCGGGAUUAUACUUCAAGCGAUGUCGAAUGGUACUGAACACGCUGAUCCAUCAGUUUAGAUGAUCAAUUCGAAAAUCUUCUUCAUGCAAUCCUCACCUCGACGAGCACCACUUAAACUUCUAAAACAGCAACAUGAAGACUGAACUCUUGCACUCGUACAGUUCCAACAGCUUGGCGAACCUUUCUCGAGCCUAUUCCUCCACCCAGCUCAACAAGAGGACGAUUGAUGGCCAUGAGAAGCAUGGCGAGAUCAACCCCUCCUUUGAAACUGGGGACGAGGAUGGGUUGCGUGGUUUCGGCGACUCCACGCACAACGUGGGUGCGAAGGAGGCCAAGGACAAAUUAGGAGCAGCGAGUGACCUGUGCCAUUCAAUCUUCAAAAAGAAACUCUUGUACAAAAGGCUGCCGGUUUUAAGCUGGAGUCGAGAAUAUAAUACGACCAAACUCGUGGCGGACAUUAUCAGUGGGGUCACAAUUGGACUCACGAUUCUUCCUCAGGGUUUGGCUUACGCAAAAAUUGCCGGACUUCCUCCACAGUUUGGACUUUACUCUGGUUUCAUCGGGUGUUUCGUCUACAUUUUACUCGGAGGAUCCAAGAUAGUCACCAUCGGUCCCACUGCUAUUCAGGCGAUUAUCACUCUUUCUUACACUCAAGGAAAGCCACCAGAAUACGCCGUUUUUCUCUGUUUUUUAACGGGACUAGUAUCACUGUGUAUGGGCAUUUGCCAAAUGGGCUUUCUGGUCAACUUCAUUUCUUUGCCAGUAAUUUCUUCGUUCACUUCAGCAGCUGCCUUAACAAUUUGUUCGACCCAGAUAAAACCGUUGCUGGGUCUCUCCUUCAAGGCGGAUGGAUUUAGAGAAAUAGUUAUCCGAAGUUUUGAACACUUGGGAGAAGUCAGGAUGAAUGAUGCUCUCUUAUCGUUGACAUGCAUUGUGAUACUCCUCUUUAUGCAGAAUCUCCAAUCGAUCUGUCGCUGCUUUACCAAAAACUCAUCCAAAUUGGACCGAGUGCUCUGGUUCAUUUCCACGUCGAGAAGUGUAAUUGUGAUCGUGGUUUGCACCGUAAUUUUCAGCUGCAUCGAUAAUGACCUGUUCCCGGUGAAAGUUGUAGGUGCCAUUGUACCAGGUCUCCCACCCGUGAGGUUCCCACCUUUCAGCGUUUCCCAAAACCUUACUGGCCAAGUCGAAGAAAUAUCAUUUAUUACGUUACUCAGUAAUGACUUAUCAGCACUCAUCGUAAUCCCAUUGUUGGCGACGAUGGAGCAUUUUACGAUAGCCAAGAAAUAUAGUGGAACGAGCAUGUUGGACGCGUCGCAAGAAAUGUUGUCGAUCGGAAUCUCUAAUAUCAUUGGCUGCUUCUUCAGUUCCAUGCCAGUGACGGGCAGUUUCAGUCGCAGCGUGGUGAAUGCAGCAUCUGGGGCGGAGUCGCCGAUGGGGGGCCUGAUAACUGGAAGUCUUGUCAUCCUCGCGCUCCAGUUCCUCACCCCGUACUUUUACUUCAUCCCCGACGCCAGCUUAGCCGCCGUCAUCGUUUGCGCAGUCAUCUUCACGGUCGACUUUCGUAUCGUGUUAGACAUGUGGAGGAGCAAAAAAAUGGACAUAAUUCCAUGGGGCUUCACAUUCUUUGUGAGCUUACUCGUAGGCCUCGAGGUCGGCAUUCUGUCGGGUAUCAUCAUCAGCGUCAUUUUCAUCUUGUACUACGCCGCCAGACCAGCCGUGCAGAUAAAGAGGGCGGAGACCUCGCUUGGGAACGAAUUUGUGAUCGUGGGACUAGAUCGAUCUGUACAAUUCCCGUCGAUUGCAUACAUUCGAUACAUGGUUUCCAAGUCUAGGAAACUCUGGGCCAAGAACUUUCUCCCUGUCGUGAUUGAUUGCCAUCAUAUUCAGUAUUGCGACUUUUCAGCCGCACAAGGGAUUUGCGACCUAUUUACAACAUUUAAUGAGGAAAGCCAUCCAUUGAUCUUGUGGAAAGCGAAACCUUCCAUUAUACGGAUCCUGCAGGGGCUGAUGGACAGUUGCAACGUGCCAUUUCAGUACUGCAUGUCGGACGACGACUUGGAAAGAGCGAUUGAUGGUGAUGGGGACGAUAAGCCGAUUGAAUUUACCGUCUCUCUAACUCCAUCCCCUACUCAAGUGGAAAUAACAGACGUUCAUGUUCAUGACCUCAAGUCGUGAUAAAUGCCAACCGUCAAAAAUAACUUUCUUUGUUUUGCAUAAUAUUUUAUUGAUUAUUAAAGUCUAAAGAGUGAGUCUGCGAGAGAAA